ACCGGAAGUGCGCGUCACGUGACGGCCCGCAUCACCGCGGCGGGCGGCGGCGGCGCGACGGGGCGGCGGGAGGCCUCCGGCGGUGCGGAUGGCGGCCACGGCGCGCGGGUCGAGGCGGCAGGGCUGUGAGCACUAUGACCGCGGGUGCCUGCUGAAGGCACCUUGUUGUGACAAGCUUUAUACUUGCCGGCUGUGUCACGAUAACAACGAGGAUCAUCAGCUAGACCGCUUUAAAGUACAAGAAGUGCAGUGCAUCAACUGUGAAAAAAUUCAGCGCGCUAAGCAGUCUUGUGAAGAUUGUAGCACAUUGUUUGGAGAAUAUUACUGCAGUAUAUGCCAUCUGUUUGACAAAGAUAAGAAGCAAUAUCACUGUGAAAACUGUGGAAUUUGUAGGAUUGGUCCAAAAGAAGACUUUUUCCACUGUUUGAAAUGUAACUUAUGCCUAGCUAUGAAUCUUCAAGGCAAACAUAAGUGUAUUGAAAAUGUUUCUCGGCAGAACUGUCCCAUAUGUUUGGAGGACAUUCACACGUCCCGUGUUGUUGCUCAUGUCUUGCCCUGCGGACAUCUUUUACAUAGAACAUGUUAUGAAGAAAUGUUGAAAGAAGGCUACCGGUGCCCGUUGUGCAUGCACUCUGCCUUAGACAUGACUCGGUACUGGAGACAGCUGGACAACGAGGUGGCCCAGACGCCUAUGCCGUCCGAAUAUCAGAACAUGACUGUGGAUAUUCUCUGCAAUGACUGCAAUAGACGAUCCACUGUCCAGUUCCAUAUUUUAGGAAUGAAAUGUCAGAUUUGUGACUCCUACAAUACUGCUCAAGCUGGAGGCCGUAGGAUUUCACUGGAUCAGCAAUGACCAGCUGUACGUCACAGGAAAGCUCAGCUUUGUGAUGUAGAAAAAUGCUCUGUGGAAAAGCACUUGUGUCGUACUGUGUCACAAUCAGUGCAUACUGUCCCAGUGUCGCAGCACACAUCCCUAACACAAGGAUGGAUUCAGGGCUCUGUGGAGUCAUCAUAGCUCUCUACCUGAGGAAAGCCCCUGCUUGUGUCGGGUUGGAAUUUCCUUAGUGUCAGUUGUUGGGAAGCUGAGGAUGUUUGUUAAUGAAACUCGUAGCAGUAUAUUACAACUCCGUGGAAUUUCAUUCUAGUGUCACUGCACACAGUUCAUUUCUAGUUCUUUAUAGAACUAGACUUCUCAUUGUAUUCUUUAGGCGCUGCACUGUACAGAGAGAAAGUUCUUCCUUGUUAAAACCCUAAUUAUAUAUGCUUUUGAUUUUUGUAAAAAUAGUUCUUUGGUGCCUAUAGAUGAAUUUUUCUGUAAUAAGUGCUAUUAAAGUUAUAUUGAAACAACA